CAUGAGGGACCAAGAUGGGAAACAGAGCAGAAGAGGAUUAUAACUUUGUCUUCAAGGUGGUGCUAAUAGGGGAAUCUGGAGUGGGGAAGACCAACCUGUUGUCAAGAUUCACACGAAAUGAGUUCAACCAUGACAGUCGGACAACCAUUGGGGUGGAAUUCUCUACUUGAGCUAUGCUGCUAGGAACAGCUGCUGUCAAAGCCCAAAUCUGGGACACGGCUGGGCUGGAGCGAUACCGUGCCAUCACUUCAGCAUAUUACAGAGGGGCAGUUGGGGCCCUACUGGUAUUUGACCUAACCAAACAUCAGACUUAUGCUGUGGUAGAGCGCUGGCUGAAGGAGCUAUAUGACCAUGCAGAGGCCACCAUUGUUGUCAUGCUGGUGGGCAAUAAGAGUGACCUGAGCCACACAAGAGAGGUGCCCACUGAUGAGGCUCGAAUGUUUGCUGAAAAUAAUGGACUCCUGUUUAUUGAAACUUCAGCUUUUGACUCUACUAAUGUCGUCCUCAAAGAGAUUUUCAGCAAGGUGUCCAAGCAGCAGCAGAACAGUGCCCGUGCCAAUGCUGUCACCCUGGGCAGUGCCCAAACUGGGCAAGAGCUGGGGUCUCAGGAGAAGAAGGCUUGCUGUAUCAGCCUCUGAAGCCAGCUGGUGAUCUGAGUAUCUUGGCCUGAAGCCUCUCCUGUUUGACCUGAAUUUCUUAUCAUUCUCCCUCCAUGAGUCUCAGCCCUAGACGAUGACCCCUUCAGUUGCACCCUCACUAAGAAGAGGGAGAGGGAGGGACGCAAAUGUCUAAAAAGCCAUUCCUAGUUGGCUUUGGGGAUCUGUGACUGAUCACUUUCUUAGUGUUAGGGGAGUUUCUAUAACCUGAUUCCACACCCCUUCCCUGUCACUCCUCUACACAAGAUUAAUUAGCUUCUGGGAUAUUUCUGUGCCCUUUGAGAAGGUCACC